AUGGAAAAGCAAAAGCCUUUUAAAUUGUUUGUACCACCAAGAUUAAGCAGCAGUCAGGUGUCUGCAGUGAAACCUCAGACCUUGGGAAGAGAUUCUAAUUUCUUCAAGAGUUUCAACAAAUGUGUUGAAGAUGAUUUUGGUUUUCCGUUUGUGAUGACUAAUCUCUCCAAAAGUGGGGAAAACAUUAAUUCAGAUCCUGCUUCACAAAAGGUUAAUUUUUUGCCCAUGCCUGAGCAGGUUGACAAUUCUGACCUUUGUCACUAUCAGGAAGGACUAAAAGACUCUGAUUUUGAGAAUUCAGAGCCAACAAGCGGACUAUGUUCAAAACUGUACAAGGAAGCUGAAAAGAUCAAAAGGUGGAAAGUGAAUGUAGAAUCUGAACUGAAGCAGAAAGAAAAUAAGUUGCAAGAAAAUAGAAAGAUAAUUGAAGCACAACGAAAAGCCAUUCAGGAACUACAGUUUGGAAAUGAAAAAGUAAGUUUGAAAUUAGAAGAAGGAAUUCAGGAAAAUAAAGAUUUAAUAAAAGAGAAUAAUGCUACAAGGCAUUUAUGUAAUCUACUCAAAGAAACCUGUGCUAGAUCUGCAGAAAAGACAAAGAAAUAUGAGUGUGAGCGGGAAGAAACCAGGCAAGUUUAUAUGGAUCUAAAUAAUAACAUUGAGAAAAUGAUAAUAGCUUUUGAGGAACUUCGUGUACAAGCUGAGAAUUCCAGAUUGGAAAUGCACUUUAAGUUAAAGGAAGAUUAUGAAAAAAUCCAACACCUUGAAGAUGUAUACAAGAAGGAAGUAAAUGACAAGGACAAGCAGGUGUCACUGCUAUUGAUUCAAAACACUGAGAAAGAAAAUAGAAUGAAAGAUUUAACAUUUCUGCUAGAGGAAUCCAGAGAUAAAAUCGAUCAAUUAGAGGAAAAGACAAAAUUACAGAGUGAAAAUUUAAAAGAAUCAAAUGAGAAGCAGGAUCAUUUGACAUCAGAACUAGAAGAUAUUAAAACAUCUUUGCAAGCAAGUGUGAAUUCUCAAAAGUCUUUAGAGGAAGAUUUACAGGUAGCAACAAAAAUGAUAUAUCAGCUCACUGGAGAAAAAGAAGCUCAAAUGGAGGAAUUUAAUAAAGCUAAAGCUGCUCAUUCAUUUAUGGUUACUGAACUAAAAACUACAAUCUGCAACUUGAAAGAAUUAGUGAGAACAGAACAGCAAAGAUCGGAAAAAAACGAAGAUCAACUGAAAAUAUUUACCAUGGAGCUUCAGAAGAAGUCAACUGAACUGGAAGAAAUGACUAAGUUUAAAAAUAACAAAGAAGUAGAACUUGAAGAAUUGAAAAAAAUCUUGGCAGAAAACCAAAAGCUUUUAGAAGAGAAGAAACAAUUUGAGAAGAUUGCUGAAGAAUUAAAAGGAACAGAACAAAAACUAACUUGUCUUCUCCAAGCCAGAGAGAAAGAAAUACAUGAUUUGGAAAUACAAUUAACUGCUGUUGUGACAAGUGAACAGCAUUAUUCAAAACAGGUUAAAGAUCUGAAAACUGAGCUUGAAAAUGAGAAGCUUAAGAAUACUGAGUUAACUGCAAGCUGCAACAAGCUUUCACUGGAGAACAAAGAACUAGCACAAGAAACAAGUGAUAUGGCCCUAGAACUCAAGAAACAGCAAGAAGAUAUUAAUAAUAGCAAAAAGCAAGAAGAAAGGAUGUUGAAACAAAUAGAAAAUCUGGAAGAAACAGAAACACGACUAAAGAAUGAACUCAUAUCUGUGGUAGAAGAGCUAAAGCAGAAAGGAGAUGAAGUUAAAUGUAAAUUAGACAAGAGUGAAGAAAAUUGCAACAAUUUAAAGAAACAAGUUGAAAAUAAAAGCAAGUGUAUUGAAGAACUACAGCAGGAGAAUAAGGCCUUGAAAAAAAAAGGUACAGCAGAAAGCAAGCAAUUGAAUGCUUAUGAAAUAAAGGUCAAUAAAUUAGAGUUAGAGCUAGAAAGUGCCAAGCAAAAAUUUGAAGAAAUGACUGGCAGCUAUCAAAAGGAAAUUGAGGACAAAAAGAAAUCAGAAGAAAAUCUUUUGGGAGAGGUUGAGAAAGCAAAAGUAAUAGCUGAUGAAGCAGUAAAGUUACAGAAAGAAAUUGAUAUACGAUGUCAACAUAAAAUAGCUGAAAUGGUAGCACUUAUGGAAAAACAUAAGCACCAAUAUGAUAAGAUCGUUGAAGAAAGAGACUCAGAAUUAGGACUUUAUAAGAGCAAAGAACAAGAACAAUCAUCAGUGAAAGCAUCUUUGGAGAUUGAACUAUCCAAUGUCAAAAAUGAACUUUCAACCAUUAAGAAGCUACUUGAAAUAGAAAGAGAAGAAAAAGAAAAACUCAAAAGAGAGGUGAAAGAAAACACAACUCCUAUCAAAGAAAAAAAAGACAAGAAAACACAGACAUCUUUAUUGGAAACACCUGAAACUAUUUAUCGGAAAUUUGAACCUAAAGCCUCUCCUUCACUAAAUAUCUCGCAAAAUUUCACAUCAGCUAAUCAUGGCAAAUCCAAUGCUGGAAGAGACUAUCUGUGGGCAUCUGCAAAAAGUACUUUACCUAAACCAUUACCAAAGGCAUAUACAGUGAAGACACCAACCAAACUGAAAAUCCAACAAAGAGAAAGGAAUAUACCUAAUGAAGAAAAUAAUAAAAAGAGAAAAAUGGUCUUUGAAUUUGACAUUAAUUCAGAUAGUUCAGAAACUACUGAUCUUUUGAGCAUGGUCUCAGAGGAAGAGACAUUUAAAAAACUAUGCAAGAACAGUCAUCCACCCUCUCAUCUUUGUGUCAGAACGCCAAAAAAGACUCCUUCAUCUCUGACAACCCCUGGAUCUGUGCUGAAGUUGGGAACUGUGAGAAACAUACAGGAGGACCACUGGGCUAUAAUUGCUAAAAUGGAUAGGAAAAAAAAACUAAAGGAAGCAGAAAAGCUAUUCAUUUAA